GGCAUGUUUAAUUGAGGUUGGAACUAAAAAAAGCAGGACACCAGCCGUCCAGGGCCGGGUUUGGGCUCCUCUGUUCUAGAUGUGGUUCUAAACAGUGAUUCUUAACAUUUCUGGCUCCAGUAUACAUUAAAAACAUUGUUCUUGACCAUUCUGACUCCACUUUAUCCGCUAAAAGUGCUUUUUGACUUAUUCUCCUCCACUAUUGACAUUUUUUCCUGACAAGAACUGGCACGGUCAUUGUAACCUAAUUGUGUUGAGAUUUCUUUUCUCAAUCGCUUCCUUUUAGCUGUAAAAACAGCUCAUUGCACACUGCUAGUUUCUUAAUAUAUUAUUUUUAUUUUAAAAUGCAUUGUUAUACACACUGGUUUGUAGAAGUGGUUUAAUUCACCAGUCUCUUCAGGAUUUUGUAAAUCCAAUGAUUAUUUUUGUGUAUUUUCAAAGAAAAACAAAAGAAUUGAAGAAAAUAAUCCCAUAAAAUGCCAUUUUAAGAAAAGCCAUCAUAAAAAGAGCCCUUCAGGCCACAAAUAUAAUUAAAAAAGUGUCCCUGCCAAAUCCAGGAGUCACUUACUUACUGAUUUAUUUAUUCCUAAUCAUUCAGCCGUAUGCAAAUUAAUCAGAAGUCCUUAAACAGUCACAGAAAAGCUUACUUCCCCUUUGAAAAAUAAGGUGAUUGCCCACUAAGUCAGUAAGUGCAUAUAGUGGAGUCAAAAAGACUGAGAACCAAUAUUUUAUUGCGACCUGAUAUAACUUCAGUGUCUGUGCACUCUAGAUGCUGUGUGAAGGAAAGCUCUGGAGUCUGGCUUUUGAAGCUGAAGCCGAGUGUGUAAAUCCUCCUUCAUGCACCACAGUCACAGAGCCUUCCUCAACUUCACCAAAUAAUCCCCUCUCAGCUCAAAUCCCCGUCCACUCAGCUCCAGAGGUCCAUGCUAAUAUAACCCAGAUGAAAACCCAGAGCUACCCUCACCCUUCCUCUAUGGCAGGACAUGGUGUGGAUAUCCCCAGGCAUGUGGACACCCCUGAAACAGAAGCAUUUUUGGUGCCUUCGAGCUGCCACAGCAUUUGCCAGCAUUACAGCGAUUUACACAUAGCAGGCGGUCAGGUGUUGCCGCUCAGCCCCCAUGCAGGAGACAUACAGGGCCAUCACAGCCAGGAUCCCCAGCCUGGACCCUUUCUUGUGUCUGAAGAUGUUCCCUCACCCUCCCUCUUACCUCCUCUGGUCCACGAGUUCAGGAGCUCGAGGCGAUGGAAGGAAGAAAGCGGGCGUGAGCGUCCCUCUCUCCUGCAGUUCAGCCGGCCGCUCUCCAACUCUCAACUUAACGGCUAUCUUGAGCAGAAGCUUCUGGAGCUGUACAGACAGUACCUGACUGAGGGACCGGCUGUUAGCAGGCCCGUCAUGGCCUCUGAGCUUCUGCAGACCAGCCUGGACCAGAUGACCCUCCAGCUGAGCCGAGAGCAGAACAUGGAGACGGCAAGGGCAAAAGACAUGCUGCUCAGCUGCCUGCUCAGAGUCACCAGCACAUACCAGUCCAGCGAGAUCAGCACUCCUCUACUGCAGAUCUCCACUGAGACGCAAUGAGCUAGACAGAUAAAAGGAGAAGACUGACUGUGAGACAGUGGCAUUUGAUCAGUGAUUCUGCAAAUGAUCGUUUUGAAAAUAAAUGAUAUUAUAAAUAUGAUAUACAAAAAUACAUCUAAAAAUAAAAACCUUUGUGGCUUAAAUGUUUUAUUUGUGGGCUGUUGAUUAAUCUGAGUUCCCACAGUCGGUACCCUAGGCAGGGCUGCACAAUAUUGCAGUUUUUCUCAGAUAUAUAUUGCGAUAUCAUUGAUCCAGAUGGUUUAAAAAGCUGUGUUUGCAUGGAUUUCAUUAAUUUAGAUGGUUUGGGGUGAUUUUGUAGGGGUGAGAAUCAUGGAUCAAAUGUAAUACACAAAUUAGCACAUAUGUAUAUAGUAUAGCAAAGAUAAAAGUGUAAUAGUCAGUGCUUUAUUGUUUACUGCAAGUCAAACAUUACAGAAAUUGAAUGAUGAAAUGAAAAACAACACUGCAUAGUAUAAAUUAUUCAAUAAAAUUAAUCGCUAUUAAAAGUAAAAAAUUGUACAAUUUAUUGUGCCUGCAUGUUUUAAAUUCUCUUG